CUCUUCCUUCCCCUUCGCCUCCGGGGCCACCGCGCUGGGGACAGGUGGCCCUGGGCUGGGGACAGCCACUCGGCAUGGCCGGGGACACCGGGAUGGCCGGGAGGGUGGCACUGCUCCUGUGGGCCCAGACCCUCGGCCUCGCUGGUGCCCGGACCCCCCAGCUCCUCGUGGAGCCCCCCUGGGUGCCGGCGGUGCGGUGGGACUGGGUGACACUGACCUGCCAGGGCUCGGGGACAGCCGGUGCCACCACCUGGUACAAGGACGGGCAGCGCUGGGGACAGCGGGGACGUGACCACAUCACUGUCACCAAGAGUGGCACCUACACGUGUGACAGACCCGGCACCGAGCUCAGCUCCCCUGUGACUGUCUCCGAUGCCGGGCUGGUGCUGCAGGUGCCGGCGCGGGCGCUGCUGGAGGGGGACACGGUGACACUGCGCUGCCGGGGCUGGUGGAACAACACGGUCACCUCAGUGUCCUUCUACCGUGAGGAGGAGAAACUGAGGUGGCACCGCGGUGGCACCGAGCUGUCACUGUCACCUCUGCGGCUGCAGCACAGCGGCCGCUACAGCUGCAAGGGUUGGGUGGAAUAUUGGGCGUCAAAGGAAUUCCAGGAGUCACAGGCGGUGACAGUGACAGUGCAGGAGCUCUUCUCGGUGCCGGUGCUGGAGGGUCCCCCCGAGCCCACCGAGGGGUCCCCCCUUAAUCUCCGCUGCCUCAGCACCCGCAGCCCCCUGCGGCCCCGAGCCCCGCUCCUGCACGUGUUUUACCGGGACGGGCAGAUGGUGGGGGGCUCGUGGGGGUCCCCACAGCUGCUGGUUCCCACCGUGGGGGUCUCCCACUCGGGGAAUUACAGCUGCGAGGUGCGUUCCGAGGAUGGGGCCGUGCGGAAGAGCAGCGCCCGGCUCCGCGUCACGGUGCGCAGGGUCCCACCCUCGGGGGUGUCCCUGUCGGCGCAGCCCCCCGGGGCACAGGUGGCACUUGGGGACAGGCUGGUGCUGAGCUGCGCGGUGGCCGAGGGGACAGGUCCCCUGUCCUUCUCCUGGCACCGGGAGGGCUCGGGGGCACCGCUGGGCACCGGGCCCCGCCUGGAGCUGCGGCACCUUGGGGACAACGACAGCGGCCAGUACCGGUGCCGGGUCAGCGACGGGGACAGCGUGGCCGAGAGUGACCCCCUGAAUGUCACCGUGCUGGUGCCCGUGGCCAAUGCCACCAUCACCCCCGGUCCCCUGGCACCCCCGGUGCGCGCAGGUGACCCCGUCACCCUGCGCUGCUCGGUGCAGGUGGGCUCAGCCCCUGUCACCUUCACCUGGUGGCACAACGGGCAGGAGGUGGCCCAGGGUCCCCUCCUGGAGCUUGGGGACGUCGAGGUGGGACAUUCGGGCACCUACCAGUGCGUGGCCACCAACCAGCUGGGACAGGACGGGCACCGCGUGUUCCGGGCGCUCAGCACGGAGGUGGCACUGGAGGUGACACCGCAGGGACACGGGGACACAGUGGCCGCAGGGGUCGGUGGGACCCUUUUGUUCCUGGUCCUGCUCGUGGGUGUCACUGUGGCCUGGCAGCGGUGGCACCGAGGGGCCGCCAGGGAACACCAGGAAAGGGCCCCCCCAAAUCCCACAGCCCCCCCAGAGGAGGGGGAGGUGCUGUACACCCAAAUUGUGACCACCGAGAGGACAGGGGUGUCCCCCCGUGCCACCACACCCCAGGACCCCCCAGUGACCUACGUAGAGCUGCGGGGACCCCACGGGCGACAUCAGGAACACGGUGACAUCUACGAGAAUGUGCUGUGACAGCGGGGGGAAUUGGGUGUCCCCACCCAUGGGUGCCCAUACAUGUGUGUGCUGCCACUAAAAACUGCCCCUCUCCCUCUCUGUGGAGGCACAAAGAUCCCAAAAACCCAAAGAGAAGAAAAAUUUCCUGAAACAGAAAUAGAAUAAAACCAACAGAACAACAA